AUGUCUAGCCCUGUAAUCCGAAUGAACCAAACCACCGAACCACGGAGGCGAUCACGGCUGCCAAGCCGUUCCCUUUCUUCCUCUAACAUCGUCGACUGCGACGGCUGUGUCAGCAACAACAAUAGCAGAAGGAGCCGGUCAAUGGACAGUGCCAGUUUCGGGGAGAUUUGUGGGGGUGCCACAGCUGAGUGUACGGCUAUUUGUUGCUGUGCCCCUUUCGGGAUAGCCAACUUUCUAGUUUUGGCAAUGUACAAGAUCCCUGCAGGGUUAUGCCGCCGUGCUAUUCGUCAGAGGCAGCGGCGUAAGUUGGUGAAAAAAGGGUUGAUUCAGCCGUGGGACCACCGUGGAUGUGAGGGUCUCCAGAUUCGCCCAGUGGAGGAAAUUUUCCCAAUUGUGAAUGGUUCUGAAGAAACUGAAAAGGCUGUGAAUGAACUGGAAAAAGAAAUGUGGCAAAGGUUUUAUGGCACCGGGUUUUGGAGAAGUCCUUCUCAGAGGGAAGAUGAUUCACCUAGAAUUAAAUAA